AUGAACUAAUUAUUAGGAAUAAGAAAUGAUGAAGAAAUGAAGCAUGGAUUUACCGUAGAGGAAACUCAAAAUGGAGUAGCAUAGGGAAUGUAUGAAUACGGAAAGAAAGUUGGUAAAUGGACUAUUAAAUAUCCUGAUAAAAUGUAAAAUAUUUUUAAAUUGAUAAUAAGAGAAGAAGGGGAAUUUUAGGGAAAACACAAAGUUGGAGAAUGGAUAAUCUAUAAUCACAUUGAGGAUCUCUAAUACAUCGGAUAUUACGAUGAUAAAAAUUGUAGAACAGGAGAUUGGAUGGUUUGUCAUAAUUAACAAUCUGAAACUUACAUAAGGAGAACUUAUAAAAGAGGUCAAGUAACAAAUGAAAAAAAAAUAGAGAGACUAUAAAUUUCCACAAUCUAAAUAAAAACCUGAUGAAAUGAAUUUUAUUAUUGAUUUACAUAUUAAGAAUCAUAUACUUU